AUGCCAUCCUUUCAGCGACUCAAACACCCAUUCCGACGCCCUACUCAUUAUUACACCAUACAUGAGCCGUCCCCUACACCGAGGCAGCUAGAAACACAACGCGAGAAGGAGAGGCAAAGGGCUCUCGACAAAAUCGAGAACGACCUCGAUGACGGACGUAUUGGGCCCAGAAGUAGUGACUCGCCUGACGAACUUCCGGUGAUCAUCGAUAGGGGUCCGUACCGAGGCCAUAUAUACCCACGAGAGCAGCUCUUCUUCAACAGCAUCAUGCUAGCUUCGGACGUUGAACCAAUAUACGCUGGUCCACCAGGUGGAGAGCUGCGGCAGGAGGUGCAUAGGACUCCACUCCGGCGCCCAAAAACACAAGCAGAGCAGAAGCUUCCUCCAAGACCAGUACCGAGUGAGUACUUGACGGCCUCACAGAACAGAGAAAACCUGAGGAGGUGGGAAGAGAAGAACAACAAGUCUGCUGCGGCUGGGCAAACACAGCAUCCAAGGCCUGUACCGAGUGAGUAUCUGACUUCCGCACAAAACACGGAGAAUCUCAGGCGAUGGGAAGAGCGGAGCGGCAGGACUCCUACUGUUCGGCGAACACAGAUUCCAGAGCGGCGGCCUUCUCCUCCAGGACAACCAUCUCCACCGAGGGCGCCGAUCACGCCAGGCACUAGUGAGUGGGAUGGCUUCAUGGACUUCCCCUCAGGUAAUCAUCAGUCCGGCGAUCCUGGUGUACAGGCUACUGUGAAUGAGUCGAACGCGUCACACAGUCUGCCGACAACGACAACCCCUACACUCGCCCUCCACUACGACGUCGUCCAAGACUCAGCACCUCCGCAUCUGCCACCAUUCCCUGCACUUGUGCCGCCCAGUAAUGCCGCAUCAGAUAUUCCAAUAGUAGUGCGUCUUGUCCAGAGGUUACAUGCUGCUGUCUACGGUCUGCAAGAUCGCGUCUGGGGCCUAGAAGAAGAUCUCAUUUCGCAGCUCAGCACGCAACUCGAAGAGAACCACCUCCAGAUCAGGGAACUCGAUCGAGAAAAUAGUAGUUUACAAGAUGAGAUCACCGAGCUAAAGCGCAUAGCAGAUUUCAGCACUAAAGUUUUGACUGGAUGCUGGGAGCGUGAAUGGGAGGUUUGGCGUACACUCCUCGAUAUCCAGAGAAGGCGGGAGAUGUACCGUAGUCCUUUGGCGUGCAUCUUCUCGCGCAAUCCGACGCCCAGUGUUCAAGACGACGGGCUUUUAGACUUUUGUAAGCCAGAAGGCUAUGUCGCCCCGCCGCUGCCGACUGGAAAAGUAACACAGGCUCCUCUUAAGAAGAAGGAACUCGAUGCUCUUCUGCUGAUGGCAAAACAGAAUGUCACUAUACCUAUUGAGGAUUUGGGGGAGUUGAAGGGGUUGGCGGAGGCGUAUGAUAGGAGAAAUGGGGCAGAGGAGGAGCGGCCUGUUGAAGGGUCGCGGAGGGAUGUUUGA